AUGGAAAAUACAAUAAAAAAUGAUAAAGAAAGAAUGAAAUUAUGGUAUCACUCAGUAAUGAUAAUAUCAGUAUUUCAAGGAAAUAUUGAACGAUUUCAUUUUAAUCCAAUUCCUUUAAAUGAACAUUCAAGAAAAUUCUUUCCUAAUACUGAAACAUUUCAUAUUUAUAAUGAAAAUGAUAAAAUAUUUAAUGAUGGAAAGAUAUUUAAAUAUGUAAUAUGGUAUACAAUCGGUUAUUCAAGAUAUUUACAAGAAAAAGAAGAAUGA